GAAAUCUUAUGCCACGUUCAAGUACUAGUUGAAUCUAUGAAACUCAGAAAUGUCCGACUUUUUAUGACAGUAUUCACUUUCAGCAUUGAUGGUGGAGGUACUGGAGCACGAGCAUAAUGGACCUCUAGCUCCUCCUACCUUUGAUAUGAAAUGAUUGGAUAGGUUUAAGCAGUUUCGCCUUGGAUAUGCUGGGACGAAUUCCCAUCUGUGACACAAAGAGGAAGUCGAUUGCUAGCUGAUAAUGUCCGCAUUUUGGUUAAAUUGAAAGAGAAACUGAACGACUUUGACGCUAGCUCAUUUACCUGUCGUAUAAUGUCAACUGUAUCUGAAGAGCCAGUGAGCUCUAUUGACAAAUAUAAGAAUGCAGAAGGCGGCUGGAGCCUGCGUCAUGUGAAGGGGGACCUGUUCUCCUGUCGUGAAGAUGAGGUCCUGGCCCAUUGUAUCAGCGAGGACUGUCGCAUGGGGGCUGGCAUCGCUGUCAAAUUCAAGAAACAAUUUAGUGGAGUAGAUGAGCUGAAGAAACAGAAGAAGGUGCCAGGGCAAUGUGCUGUACUGAAAAGAAACAAGCGUUUUGUGUACUACCUGAUUACAAAAAAAAAAUACAGCCACAAACCUACCUAUGACAACCUACGGCAGAGCCUCGAGGACAUGAAGUCUCAUUGCUUACAAAAUGGAGUAACUGGAAUAUCAAUGCCUCGCAUCGGCUGUGGCCUUGAUCGACUGAGUUGGGAUAAAGUGGAGGAGAUGCUUGAGCAGGUAUUCCAGCCCACAGAUAUAAGUAUCACUGUGUAUACUCUCCCUGUAAAACCCACAGGGAAACCAAGUUUCCAUUGAUGUUCUGUACACCAAAGUAAAUCAUGUUUCAGGGACAUUUGUUAUGGUUAUAUUCUCUAUCACCUUUUGUCAUAGGCUCCAAGCCUGUGUUUUUCAACUCUUAUGACAAUGGAUUGUGUUUGAAAUCAAACUCGGACCAUAUCGUGCUGAUUGACACAGCGUGUAUAUUUCAUUGCCAAGUUUACUCAGCAUACGGAUAUGCACCUGUGCAAAGUUUGCUGAAAUGUUUACUUUCAAAAGUUAAUAUAUUAAAUCACAAAAUAUAGCACAUUACUUUAAGAAUCAUAUCCUUUACCGUCUAAUCUUUAUUUUACCCCUGUGUUUGAUGGUUCUCUGAAAUUACAAGUGCAUAUUUUGAUGUUAAUUAUGACCCUUUAGUAGAGCUAUUCUCCACCAGAUGGGGGCACCAAUUAUAGUUUUCUCCACAUGGCUUCUGUGGUGUGAUCUAUACAGAUUUGUCUGAUGCUGUAAAUACCCUGUAAUGUGCUCAUGUAAGGCCUAGAACUUCUACCACCAAGAGACAUCUUUAUAUCUGGAACACCAGUGCAAUAACUACAAAGUGGGAAAACUGAAGAAGUGUAAUAUUCUAAACUUGUAUAUUUCUAAAAUAUUGUAGACAGAAUAUUCACAGUUAAAUGAAGACUUGUUCCCUUUUAAAAAUGUGUUAAGCUUUUUAUUUGUACCUUACAUGAGCAUGACUUAUGAAAACUAGAUUGUUAUUUUGCAGUAAUAAAAUCAAAUGUGUUGUAUACA